AUGAUGAUAUCGAGGGGGCUAUUUGGGUGGUCGCCGCCGCACAUACAGCCUUUGACGCCGGUGUCGGAGGUGUCUGAGCCACCGGAGUCUCCAUCACCAUACCUGGACGCGAGCGCUGUGGAUGCCAUGCCGGUCGAGGUGGAGGACGAGAUGGAUGCCGAGGCAGAUGAGAUCGAGCAGCCACCAGGCGCUGUACCCUUCUCCGGCCUGUUUGCCUGUGCUGACCGGCUCGACUGGGGUCUGAUGGUAGUUGGAUCUCUUGCUGCCGCCGCCCAUGGCACUGCCCUCGUUGUUUACUUGCAUUAUUUCGCCAAAAUCAUUCAGCUUCUCCGCCAUGGCUCCGACCCACCUGACAACAGUGACAAGCUCUUUGACGAGUUCACUGAGCUUGCUUUAACAAUUGUUUACAUUGCCGUGGGAGUUUUUGUUGCUGGUUGGAUUGAGGUAUCGUGCUGGAUUCUUACUGGAGAAAGGCAGACUGCAGUGAUCAGGUCAAGAUAUGUACAAGUACUACUUAAUCAAGACAUGAGCUUUUUUGAUACUUAUGGUAACAAUGGAGACAUUGUGAGCCAAGUGCUGAGUGAUGUUCUGCUCAUUCAAUCCGCUCUUAGCGAAAAAGUUGGAAACUAUAUUCAUAAUAUGGCUACUUUCAUCAGUGGUCUAGUGAUUGGAUUUGUCAACUGUUGGCAGAUUGCCCUUAUAACUUUAGCCACAGGUCCAUUCAUUGUUGCUGCAGGAGGAAUAUCAAAUAUAUUUCUGCAUAGGCUUGCGGAGAAUAUCCAAGAUGCUUAUGCUGAAGCAGCAAGUAUUGCAGAGCAGGCUGUAUCUUAUAUUAGAACCUUAUAUGCAUUCACGAACGAGACAUUGGCAAAAUAUUCUUAUGCAACUUCACUUCAAGCUACUCUGAGAUAUGGUAUAUUAAUAAGUCUCGUGCAAGGACUUGGACUUGGUUUCACUUAUGGGCUUGCAAUCUGUUCUUGUGCCUUACAACUUUGGGUUGGAAGGUUCCUAGUUACACAUAGAAAAGCUCAUGGGGGAGAAAUUGUAACAGCGCUAUUCGCUGUUAUUUUGAGUGGCCUUGGGCUGAAUCAAGCGGCAACAAACUUCUAUUCUUUUGAACAAGGGAGAAUUGCUGCUUAUAGACUGUUUGAGAUGAUAAGUCGUUCAUCCUCCACUGUCAAUCAUGAUGGAAUCACCCUUGGUUUUGUACAAGGAAACAUAGAGUUUCGAAAUGUUUAUUUCAGCUAUCUCUCCCGUCCUGAAAUUCCUAUAUUGAGUGGGUUUUACCUCACUGUACCAUCUAAAAAGGCUGUCGCACUUGUUGGCAGAAAUGGCUCUGGUAAAAGCAGUAUUAUACCGCUUAUGGAGCGGUUUUAUGAUCCUACAUUAGGUGAAGUUCUGUUAGAUGGUGAAAAUAUAAAAAAUCUGAAGCUGGAGUGGCUAAGAAGCCAAAUUGGAUUAGUCACCCAGGAACCAGCUUUAUUAAGUUUGAGCAUCAAAGAAAACAUUGCUUAUGGACGAAAUGCUUCUUUAGACCAAAUUGAAGAAGCUGCAAAAAUUGCGCAUGCACAUACAUUUAUCAGUUCACUGGAUAAUGGAUAUGAUACUCAGAUUGGUAGGGCCGGUUUAGCAAUGACAGAGGAGCAGAAAAUUAAACUUUCUGUUGCUAGAGCUGUGCUUUCUAAUCCAUCUAUUCUACUGCUAGAUGAGGUUACUGGUGGACUUGAUUUUGAAGCUGAGCGAGCUGUUCAGGAGGCGCUGGAUCUCCUCAUGUUAGGCAGAUCAACAAUAAUAAUUGCUAGACGGCUUAGUCUGAUUAAGAAUGCUGAUUACAUUGCUGUAAUGGAAGAAGGACAACUCGUUGAAAUGGGGACACAUGAUGAACUAAUAAACUUGAAUGGCCUUUAUGCUGAGCUUCUCAAAAAUGAAGAAGCUGCAAAACUUCCACGGAGGAUGCCAGUGAAGAACUACAAGGACACUGCAACUUUCCAGAUUGAAAAAGAUACUUCCGCAAGUCACAGCUUCCAAGAGCCAUCAUCUCCUAAAAUGGCCAAGUCACCAUCUCUUCAAAGGGUAUCUGGCUUCCAUGUGUUUAGGCCGGCUGAUGUUACAUUUGACUCACAAACAUCUCCCAGGGUUCUGAGCCCUCCGUCAGAACAAAUAAUUGAAAAUGGUGUUUCCUUGGAUUCGACAGAUAAAGAACCGUCUAUCAAAAGGCAGGAUAGUUUUGAAAUGAGACUUCCAGAGCUACCCAAGAUUGAUGUUCACCCUGCACAUCGACAAACGAACGAUGCCUCAGAUCCUGAAUCUCCUGUCUCUCCCCUUUUGACAUCUGAUCCGAAAAAUGAACGUUCUCAUUCACAAACAUUUAGUCGACCACUUAGUCAAUUCGAUGAUGUGCCCAUGAGAGCACAAGAAACCAAGGACAAACAUCCUCAAGGAGAGCCAUCCUUUUGGAGGCUUGUAGAGCUUAGCCUUGCAGAGUGGCUUUACGCUGUUUUAGGAAGCACUGGUGCUGCAAUUUUUGGCUCUUUUAAUCCCGUGCUCGCUUAUGUUAUCUCACUCAUAGUAACAGCAUAUUAUAGAGAAGAUAAAAAACAUCACUUACGCCAAGAAGUAGACAGGUGGUGCUUAAUCAUUGCCGGCAUGGGAAUUGUAACAGUCAUCGCCAACUUUUUGCAGCACUUCUAUUUUGGCAUAAUGGGGGAGAAAAUGACUGAACGUGUUCGGAGAAUGAUGUUUUCAGCAAUGCUUCGCAAUGAAGUUGGAUGGUUUGACGAUGAAGAGAACAGUGCUGAUAACUUGUCCAUGCGCUUGGCGAAUGAUGCUACUUUUGUUAGAGCUGCUUUUAGCAACCGGCUAUCUAUAUUUAUACAAGACACCGCAGCUGUUAUGGUGGCCGUUCUCAUUGGGAUGUUACUGCAGUGGCGGUUGGCACUUGUGGCCUUGGCUACUCUUCCUGUUCUUACUGUUUCUGCAAUAGCCCAGAAAUUGUGGCUUGCUGGAUUUUCAAAGGGCAUUCAGGAGAUGCAUAGGAAGGCCUCUUUGGUUCUCGAGGAUGCAGUUAGAAAUAUUUAUACUGUUGUAGCAUUUUGUGCUGGCAACAAGGUAAUGGAGCUCUACAGGUUGCAGCUUCGGCAAAUAUUCAAGAAAAGCUUUCUCCAUGGAGUUGCAAUUGGCUUUGCAUUUGGCUUUUCCCAGUUUCUUCUUUUUGCUUGCAAUGCUCUUCUGCUAUGGUAUACUGCCCUUUCUGUCAAGAAUGGGUAUACGAAUUUGGCUACAGCUCUGAAGGAAUACAUGGUUUUCUCUUUUGCUACAUUUGCACUGGUUGAGCCUUUUGGUUUAGCUCCAUAUAUUCUCAAAAGAAGAAAAUCUCUGACGUCAGUUUUUGAAAUAAUUGAUCGAGUGCCUAAGAUUGACCCAGAUGAUAAUUCAGCCUUGAAACCUCCCAAUGUUUAUGGAAGCAUCGAGUUAAAAAAUGUUGAUUUUUCUUAUCCAACUCGGCCAGAAAUCCUUGUACUAAGCAAUUUCAGCCUCAAAGUCAAUGGGGGACAAACCAUAGCAGUGGUAGGUGUUUCAGGGUCUGGAAAGAGCACUAUAAUAUCUUUGAUAGAAAGAUUCUAUGAUCCAGUUGCUGGUCAGGUUUUACUGGAUGGGCGUGAUUUGAAAUCAUAUGACUUGAGAUGGUUGAGGAGCCACUUAGGUCUUGUUCAGCAGGAGCCGAUAAUCUUUUCAACUACCAUAAGAGAAAACAUCAUUUAUGCUAGGCAUAAUGCAAGUGAAGCAGAGAUGAAAGAGGCAGCAAGAAUAGCUAAUGCUCAUCAUUUUAUCAGUAGUUUGCCUCAUGGUUAUGACACACACGUCGGAAUGAGGGACGUAUAUCUGACUCCAGGACAGAAGCAAAGAAUUGCAAUUGCCAGAGUUGUUUUGAAAAAUGCACCAAUUUUAUUAUUGGAUGAAGCCAGCUCGUCCAUCGAAUCCGAGUCAAGCCGGGUGGUGCAGGAAGCCCUUGACACUCUAGUAAUGGGGAACAAAACAACGAUUCUAAUUGCUCACCGUGCUGCUAUGAUGAGGCAUGUAGACAAUAUUGUUGUACUUAAUGGUGGGCGAAUUGUGGAGGAAGGUACUCAUGAUACAUUAAUGGGCAAGAGUAGUUUGUAUGCCCGAUUGAUUCAACCGCAAUUUGGGAAGGGCUUACGUCAGCAUAGACUUGUUUAG